CGAUGUUUUGCGGUCAUCUGACCAGGAACUAUGACGGGGGGUUUGUUUACAACAUUUCGCUUCUUAGGUUAUCCCCUUUGAUGUGUGAUAUUCUCAUUUACGUCUCUGCGUAACAUGCAAGUAAAGUUUGACAUGGAAAAGAAAAGUGACUGAAGGAAUAAGAUAAAUUCACUUGAACCUUUGAAGUUGGCUGUGUGAAAAAAGUACUUCAGAUUACAAAUGGUGUGGUUGUUUAUCAUGAAUCGAAUGAGCUCACAGGGCAGUUCGCCCCAGAGACGACGUAUGAUCCUUGGAAUUAUUGUUCUGUUGGCUGUUGAUAUUAUCUGGGUUGUAUCUUCUGAACUUACCUCGUAUAUGUUUAAAAAAUAUGAGAAACCAUUCUUUAGUACGUUUGCUAAAACAUCUAUGUUUGUACUUUACCUCAUUGGAUUCCUUGUUUGGAAGCCCUGGCGGGAACAGUGUACCAAUAGAAGACAUGGUGCAUUGUUUUCAGAUGCUGAAAACUACCUUGCAACUUGUACUACAGACACGAGUGUAAAUGAUUCUUUGAGUGAACCACUGUACAUCCCAGUAAAAUUUCAUGAUUCAGGCAAUGAAAAAAAUAGUAACGAUAAUAACACAGCUUUAAAAAAAACACGCGUUAGAUUCAGUAACAUAAUGGAGGUGCGGCAACUUCCUGCUCAUCAUGCGUUUGAAGCAAAACUCUCACGGAUGUCCUAUCCAGCAGCAAAGGACCAUGAAGCAGUGCUGAAAUCUGUUGGCAAAUUAACAGUAUCACAAGUAGCAAAAAUCAGCUUUUUCUUCUGCUUUGUGUGGUUCCUGGCAAACUUUUCCUAUCAGGAGGCGCUUUCGGAUACUCAGGUUGCUAUUGUUAACAUAUUGUCCUCAACUUCAGGUCUUUUCACUUUACUUCUGGCUGCAAUGUUUCCUAGCAACAGUGGAGACAGGUUUACAUUAUCCAAAUUAUUAGCAGUGAUUUUAAGUAUUGGUGGCGUUACGCUUGUAAGUCUCUCAAGUAAUGAUACAGAAGGAAAAGGCACAGUAGCAAGGUGGGACAUGUCGUCAACCAUCCUAGGAAAGUGGGUUGCAUCCCUAGGCUCAUUGUGGUCAUUGACAGGAGCUGUAUUGUACGCCAUCUAUAUAGUCAUGAUUAAAAGAAAAGUUGACCGCGAAGACAAAAUUGACAUACCCAUGUUUUUUGGGUUCGUGGGAUUAUUUAAUCUCCUCCUGCUGUGGCCUGGGUUUUUCUUACUUCAUUAUACGGGAUUUGAGGCUUUUGAAUUUCCAACCAAAACUGUUUGGAUGUACAUCCUUAUUAAUGGACUUAUAGGAACAGUGCUUUCUGAAUUUCUCUGGUUGUGGGGCUGUUUCCUUACAUCUUCACUGAUUGGAACGCUAGCGUUAAGCCUCACAAUACCUUUUUCCAUGAUAGCAGACAUUUAUAUGAGAAAGGUGGAGUUUUCAUGGUUAUUAUUUGCAGGAUCAGUUCCAGUCUUCCUCUCUUUCUUCAUUGCAACUCUUUUAUGUCACUAUAAUAACUGGGAUCCAGUAAUGGUCGGCCUUAGGCGGAUAUUUGCAUUUAUAUGCAGGAAGCAUCGCAUUCAGAGAACUCCAGACGACAGUGAGCAGUGUGAAAGCCUCAUUCCAAUGCAUGGUGUUUCGCAGGAGGAAGGAACUAGUUGUUGUUCUUGAAGCACAGACCGAAGAUAAAUCCACAGAGUAUUUUUUCACUCAGACAGUCUCCUGAAGUUCUGAUGAAUCCGUAUUCUUUCAGUGCCUGUUCAAAAGUUCCAUCCAGGAAAUUUCAAUUCUCUUAAGACACUGCAUACAUUUAGAAAUGCUACAUGUUGGGAACAUCUGUGGAUUACAAAAAAAAAUGCAGAAUUACUAGUAUCUCACUAGAGAUUGUUGUGGAAAACUCAGCUUUCAACACAACCUAUCUGCCUUACUGAAUGUAUCAAACUUUCAAUUCAACUUGAAAAUAGAACACUAUUCUGUGAAUGUGAGGAUAAAUUGUUUUUGGAUCAUAAUUCUAUCUGUAGAUUUUUGGAAAAUACUAGCGAACAUUGAUACUGAAGAGCUACAAAUCUAAAGUACAACAAAUGAAAUCAGUAAUGCUGUAUUGACUCACCUAUGGGGAAAAUAGAAAUGACUUUGAUAUAGAACCAAUCCAAUUUUAGUAUUGUGUGCACAUCCUAUUAAGCUAACCAAGAGGAAAUAUCAAAUUAAUGUUCACAGAAGCAAAGAGAAUUUACAACUUUGAAACACAGUUCAAAGGACAAUAUUACUAAGGUAUUUUGAAUUGCCUGGUUAAACAGUGGAUACACUGCAGAAUCCAUAUUUUCUGAAAAGACUGAUUCAGACUUCAGUAUUCUCAAUACUGUAUGUUUCAAAAUUAAUCUAUCUCUGAUCUCCACAAAUACGUCCAUUUAAUUUGAAUGAGAAUAAGUAAGAUUUUUUUCAUAUAUGUUGAAUUCCAUGAGUUGGUGGUUUUAAAACAUGAAUGGAAACCACAAUUUUAUUGUUUGUGAGAAGCUGCAGUUUCUGCAUUCUUGUACUAGUCAAAUAUAUUUCCGUAUGUGUUCAUAUUAUGGUGUUUCUACUAUUAUGUACACCAUUUGUCUUUGAUUCUCAGGAACUCAGUACAGUCAAGUAAGUAACCCUUUUUUUAAAUCGUAUCAUGUAAAUUUACUGAUGUGCUGAAGUUUUGUUUUUAAAUAAUGACCAGCUUUCACUCAUGGUUGAGUGUUGUACUUAAUGGUUCAAAGUUGAGGUUUUGUUGUUUCUUUUAAAAAGAACAAUCAGUGAUAUGCUGUAUUUCAAACAAGUGUUUCAGUGCUAAUUCAUAUACAAAGUAGAAUAGGUUUACAAAAAUAUGGUUUUAGUUCAUUGUGGGUAAAAUACUAUUUUGUUGAUCAAAAUUUUAGUGACUGCAAUCACCUAGCAGUUAGCAAAGAAUUAUGGAUUGGACUUAAUCCCCAGUCAUCAUUCAACCCAAAAAUACCUUGUAUAAUUCUUCUGGUAAGGUGUUUGCAUUUGUAUGUUGGUGAAACUAGUACAUUGUACGAGUUAGUUCAGUGCAAAUUCCAGUGAAAUAUAAAUAUUUGUUGUGAAAUGUU